UUGCCUCAAGUCGCAAGUCACAAGUUCUUCAGUCGUAGCCUAAACCAGCUUGAGCUAAAACUAAAUUUCACUGUGCCUUUACUCCAGUAUUCGGAGAUUGUUUGCUAUUCGAAAUUGACUCUAGCGCAGUGCACCAAGUCAGCCUGAAAGACUAAGAAGUAAAGAAGCUGAGAAGAGGAAAAGAAACCGAAGGAAACGAAGAAAAUGUUCAACUCCCUUGGUAUCGCCAUCUUGCUGAUGUUGGCGUUGUUGCAGCGACAUGGCGCAGAAUGCAACGCACACCAGCGCAAACUCGAGAAGCAGAUCAUCGACAACGUGUUCUCUUCGACGAACUAUGAUCCACGCGUGCGGCCAUCCGGCGUAAACAGCUCGUCUGCCUUCGUUAAGCCUUUGGAGGUAGUUGUGAACAUGUAUGUUCGAAAGAUACACCGCCUUGAUGACGAUAAAAUGUUAUUUAGCUUGGACACAACGUUCAGGCAAAUGUGGGUGGACGAACGGUUGAAAUUCAACGCAAUCAACGGCGUGCCCCACCUGAAUCUCAACGACGACGAUGAUUUAUGGACGCCAGGCCUGUUCUUCAACGAUUACAAGGGAUCGACGCACGACGUGACGACGCCGAACAUUCUCGUACGCCUUUGGCCGAAUGGCACUGUGAUGCAUAGCAAGCGGUACAAUUUGAUGUUGUAUUGCGAUAUGGAUUUUCACGAUUUUCCGUUUGACGUUCAGACGUGCAACAUGACUAUUGCUGCUUACGCUUACAGAUCCAGCGACAUUGUUCUAAAGUGGAGAUCACCCGAUGAGGAGGCAAUAUUCAUCGCCAAAUCGCUGAUCAAUGAUGGACUUUAUACAUUGAAAAAGUUUGAUACUAUCGCCACCAGCAGUAAAACUUCGACAGGUGAAUAUUCCAAGCUGGUUUUAUCGCUUGAUUUUCAACGUGUGCUUCCUUACUAUGGUAUUCAAAUAUUUAUUCCUUGCUUGAUGAUGACUAUUGCUGGAUAUUUACCGUUUUGGAUUGGAAUGAAACAUUUCAAUGCCAGAAUUAUUUUAGCCGUUGCAACCUGUUACACUCUCGCCGUGCAAAUAUCCAACUUCAACAUCGACCUACCGCGCACAUCGUACACGAAAGCAGUGGAUGUUUUCACCGGCAUGUCGCUGACAUUCACCUUCGCAACAGUGAUCGAGACGAUUGUUGUUUAUGUCCUCACUGCUCACAACCAGGAGAGCAUCGGCGAGUCGUUGAUUCAGUCCAGCGAUGGAUCGUCUGCAACACAUUCGAAAUCGUCAGAUAAGACCAAACGGAUGAGGGAGUGGUUGAGGGAUCAUUCUGACAGUACCAUUGACGUAGUAGCAAAAAUUGCUUAUCCUGUUGUUUAUCUUGUGUUUAGUAUUGUUUAUUGGGGUUAUUAUUUGUAACUAAUCAUUUUUCACAGGAUUGAAUUGUCUUUAGUUUAUUUUGUGCUAAUUUUGCUAAUAAAUACAUAUUAAACUGUAUAA